CAAGCGCCCUUUCACUGCUGAGCAGAUUGUGGCGAAGCGCGGAAACCUGAAGAUUGACUACCCAUCCAAUGUGCAAGCCAAGAAGCUCUGGAAGAUCUUGGAAAGCAACUUUGAGGUUAGUCCAGACCUUCGGAGGGGGUGGAUGUGAAAUGAAGCUGAAGCUAACUAUUCUCCUUGUGCUUGCAGAAAAAAGUGGCCAGUUUCACAUAUGGCUGUCUCGACCCCACGAUGGUCACCCAGAUGGCCAAAUACCUCGACACUGUCUACGUAUCGGGCUGGCAAAGCUCUUCCACUGCCUCUUCCACCGACGAGCCCUCCCCGGACUUGGCGGAUUAUCCUAUGGUAGGUUUGGGACAUAUGGAAAGGGCUUGUUCCCGUGCUGACGUGAGGUACUAGAACACUGUCCCUAAUAAGGUCAACCACCUCUUCAUGGCCCAAUUGUUCCACGACCGGAAACAACGCGAGGAGCGCAUCACCACCCCCAAGGACCAGCGCCAUAAGGUGGCUAACAUCGAC